CGUGGAAACAGAGAAGAUCACACAAACCCGGCACACAAAGUCGUACGUACAUGGCUCCGGUUUACCUCUUCCUCCUCACUCUGCUCUUCGCCACUCUCCUGUAUCUCUACUUCAGACCCAGGUCCCACGCCCCGCUCCCACCGGGCCCCAUGGGGUGGCCCAUUUUGGGGAACCUCCCCCAGCUUGGGACGAAGCCCCACCAGACGCUAUACCACCUUUCCCACGUCCAUGGCCCCCUCAUGCACCUCCGGUUCGGCCGCACCGACACCAUCGUCGCCGCCUCCGCCGCCGUCGCCUCCCUUCUCCUCAAGACCCACGACGCCAACUUCGCGGGCCGCCCACUCAGCUCCGGCCCCAAGGUGAUGGCCUACGACGGGCACAGCGUCGCCUGGUCGCCCUACGGCGACCGGUGGCGCGCCAUCCGGAAGAUUUGCAGCCUCCACCUCUUCUCCACCAAAGCGUUGGAUGGCUUCCGCCACAUACGUCAAAGCGAGGUGGCGGCGAUGGCGGCGGGCUUGGCGGCGGCGACGGCGGCGGCGGCGGUGGAGGUUGGCCCGUGGCUUAAUGCGUGCACGGCGAACACGAUAUCGAGGGUGACGCUGGGGAGGAGGCUUUUCGCGGUCGAUGGAAGUGGAAGAGAGGAGGUGAGGGAGUUCAAGGAGAUGUCGGUGGAGCUGACGAAGCUCGCCGGGGAGUUUGUGGUGGGAGACUUCGUCCCGGCGUUGAAGUGGGUGGAUGUGGGAGGGGUGGUGGGGAAGAUGAAGAGGUUAUCGCGGCAGUUCGACGGCUUCUUGGAGAAGAUCAUAAGGGAGCAUAUGGAAGAGAGCGGUCCCGCGGAGCAGCAUGAGGAUUUCCUGUCUGUUCUCAUCAAGCUCAAGGAGGAUGGUGAUGAGGACGGUGGUAAGCUUACAGACCAGGAGAUGAAGGGAAUUCUUUUGGACAUGUUUGUAGCCGGCACUGACACCUCAGCAAGCACCGCGGAGUGGGCCCUAGCAGAGCUGAUCCGCCACCCAGAUAUCCUCAAGAAGGCCCAAAAGGAACUGGACUCGGUCGUGGGCCGCGACCGCCUGGUCUCUGAGUCCGACCUGGCCCACUUACCACUCCUGCAGGCGAUCAUCAAGGAAACAUUCCGCAUCCACCCAUCAACACCACUCUCCCUUCCCCGCGUCGCCGCCGACCAUUGCGAGAUCAACGGCUAUCAUAUCCCCAAAGGCGCCACUCUCCUCGUCAAUGUAUGGGCCAUCGGGCGAGACCCUGCGACGUGGGCUGACCCACUUGAAUUCAGGCCAAGCCGGUUCCUUCCCGGCGGCGGGCACGAGCACGUCGACAUCAAAGGCAAUGACUUUGAGAUCAUUCCAUUUGGCGCCGGCCGGAGGAUCUGCGCCGGAAUGAGCUUGGGCCUUCGGAUGGUCCAGCUCAUGGCUGCCACGUUGGUCCAUGCAUUUGAUUGGGCCCUGCCAGUGGGCCAAGACCCUGAAAAGCUAAACAUGGAAGAGGCCUUUGGGCUGACACUCCAAAGGGCCGUGCCCCUGGCGGUGUGUCCUAAGCCCAGGCUAGCCCCUCAUGUGUAUAGAGCUGCUUGAUUCAUCAAUGGCCGUAAUGUGUUUCUUCUCUUCGUCCCUGGUGUGAGCGCUUGAGUGCCCAUCUUUUCUUCUUCCCGUUUUUUUUCUCGCAAUCAUCGUGUCAUGUUUGUCACCUUAUAAGGUAACCAUUGUGAGCUCUCUUUUUUCCUUUUCUCUAUUUUUCUUUAUAAGAAUAAGAUGGAUGUACUGCCUAUCAUUUCAUA